AUGGGUGAGAUCAGCCAAGAGACGGUGGAGAAAUACCUGGAGGACAACCCUCAGUUCGCCAAGGAGUAUUUCAACAGGAAGUUGCAGGCGGAGGCGCCCAGCGGCGGGGCACAGGCCCCGGCCAGCGCCUCCUUCCCCGGCCGGACGCUGGCGGAGGAGGCGGCCCUGUACCUGGAGCUACUGGAGGUCUUGCUGGAGGAGGCGGGCAGCGUGGAGCUGGCGGUGCACAGGGCCCUGGGGAGGCUGGCGCAGCUGCUGCAGGCCGACCGCUGCAGCAUGUUCUUGUGUCGGGCCCGCAACGGCACGCCGGAGGUGGCCUCCAAGCUGCUCGACGUCACCCCCACCUCCAAGUUUGAGGACAACCUGGUGGUCCCCGACAGAGAAGCUGUGUUUCCGUUGGACGUCGGGAUAGUGGGUUGGGUUGCUCAUACGAAGAAAACCUUUAAUGUUCCAGAUGUGAAAAAGAACAGCCAUUUUUCUGACUUCAUGGACAAACAAACCGGGUAUGUCACUAGGAACCUGCUGGCAACCCCCAUCGUGAUGGGCAAGGAGGUUCUUGCUGUGUUUAUGGCAGUUAACAAAGUAGAUGCAUCUGAAUUUUCCAAACAGGAUGAAGAGGUGUUUUCCAAAUACCUCAACUUUGUCUCUAUCAUCCUAAAGUUUCAUCAUACCAACUACCUGUACAAUAUUGAAUCCCGAAGAAGUCAGAUUCUUAUGUGGUCAGCCAACAAAAUAUUUGAAGAGCUCACAGAUGUUGAGCGACAGUUUCACAAAGCGCUCUACACUGUUAGAACAUACCUGAACUGCGAACGAUACUCCAUUGGGCUGCUGGACAUGACCAAGGAGAAGGAAUUCUAUGAUGAGUGGCCAGUCAAGCUUGGAGAAGUCGAGCCUUACAAAGGUCCAAAGACACCAGAUGGCAGAGAAGUCAUCUUUUAUAAAAUCAUCGAUUACAUUUUACAUGGAAAAGAAGAGAUCAAAGUCAUUCCGACACCUCCCACGGACCACUGGACUCUCGUUAGUGGGUUGCCAACAUACGUUGCUGAAAAUGGAUUUAUCUGCAACAUGCUGAACGCCCCGGCCGAUGAAUACUUCACGUUUCAGAAAGGACCUGUAGAUGAAACUGGUUGGGUCAUUAAAAAUGUCUUGUCCCUGCCUAUUGUCAACAAAAAAGAAGACAUCGUGGGUGUAGCUACAUUUUACAACAGGAAGGAUGGAAAGCCUUUUGAUGAAUAUGAUGAGCACAUCGCUGAGACUCUCACACAGUUUCUUGGAUGGUCUCUUUUAAAUACUGACACCUAUGAGAAAAUGAAUAAGCUGGAGAACAGAAAGGACAUAGCCCAAGAAAUGCUCAUGAACCACACCAAGGCUACGCCUGAUGAAAUCAAGUCUAUUUUGAAAUUUAAAGAGAAGUUAAAUAUAGAUGUAAUUGAAGACUGUGAAGAAAAACAGCUUGUCACAAUUUUGAAAGAGGACCUGCCGGACCCACGGACCGCAGACCUGUAUGAAUUCCGCUUCAGCGACUUGCCCAUCACAGAGCACGAACUGAUUAAGUGUGGACUUCGGCUGUUUUUUGAAAUAAACGUGGUGGAGAAAUUCAAAGUACCCGUGGAGGUUCUCACCAGAUGGAUGUACACGGUGAGGAAGGGGUACCGGGCCGUCACGUACCACAACUGGAGACAUGGGUUUAAUGUGGGGCAGACCAUGUUCACUUUGCUGAUGACAGGAAGACUGAAGAAAUACUACACAGACCUUGAAGCCUUUGCCAUGCUUGCUGCUGCCUUCUGCCAUGACAUUGACCACAGAGGCACCAAUAAUUUGUAUCAGAUGAAGUCCACUUCUCCGCUAGCAAGGCUUCACGGCUCUUCCAUCUUGGAGAGGCACCACCUGGAGUACAGUAAGACGCUGCUGCAAGAUGAGAGUUUAAACAUCUUCCAGAACCUAAAUAAACGCCAGUAUGAAACAGUUAUUCAUUUGUUCGAAGUUGCAAUAAUAGCAACUGACCUGGCUUUAUAUUUCAAGAAGAGAACCAUGUUUCAAAAAAUUGUUGAUGCCUGUGAAAAAAUGGAAACUGAAGAAGAGGCCAUCAAAUAUGUAACCAUUGAUCCAACCAAAAAAGAGAUUAUCAUGGCGAUGAUGAUGACUGCGUGUGAUCUGUCAGCUAUAACCAAGCCCUGGGAGGUACAAAGUCAGGUAGCACUCCUGGUUGCAAAUGAAUUUUGGGAACAAGGAGAUCUGGAGAGAACAGUGCUGCAGCAACAACCCAUUCCUAUGAUGGACAGAAACAAAAAAGAUGAACUACCUAAACUUCAAGUUGGAUUUAUUGACUUUGUCUGUACUUUUGUAUAUAAGGAGUUCUCACGGUUUCACAAAGAAAUCACACCUAUGCUGAAUGGUCUUCAAAACAACAGAGUGGAAUGGAAAUCCCUAGCUGAUGAGUAUGAUGAAAAGAUGAAGGUAAUUGAAGAGAUGAAAAAGCAGGAAGAAGGAAAUACGACUGAAAAAGCUGUAGAAGAUUCAGGAGGUGGUGGUGAUGACAAGAAGUCCAAAACAUGUCUAAUGUUGUAAGACAAUCCAACUGGUCUAAAUUACAAAUAUUGUUUCUACAUUUGAAGAAAACAUUAAAAAAGAACAUCAGCAAAUUUCAUUCAUCAAACCAUCAAGUAACAGAGACUCUUCAGGAAAGCUAUCCUGUGACUAGCAUAAGAAAAUACACUGCUAGCCUGAAAGCCAUGAGGGUAAAAUAAAGUUCAAAAAGAGUGCAAAAUAAGACAAAGAUAAGUGCAUUUUUGGUGCCAAUUUGUUUUAAAUUAAAAAUAAUAUAAUCCUGAAACUAGUCACCAAUUCUUUUUUUAAAAGUUCUUAUUAAUUGUAUUCAUUUACUAGGGUUACUAUAACAAAAAACCUUCCCCAUACUGGGUGUCUUAAACAAAAGAAAUUUAUUCUCUUGCAGUUCUGGAGACCAGAAGGCCAAGAUUAAGGUGUUGGCAGGGCUGGUUUCUCGAGAGGCCUCUCUCCUUGACUUGUCAAUGGCCGUCUUCACCUGGUCUUCCAUCUUCUCUCUUAUGUGUCUGUGUCCUUUUCUCCUCUUUUAAGGACACCAGUCAUACUGGAUUAGGACCUACUCAUAUGACCUCAUUUUACCUUAUUAGCUUCAGAUACAGCCACAUUCCAAGGUACUGGGAAUCGGGAU